UUAGCGAGCGUGAGCUGGAAGCUGAUAACUGAGUAUAAAACGAGUUAGAAUCUGACCUUGUAUGUGUAAGGAGUUGAAUAUUUUUGAGUUCUUAGGCGUAAAACUUUGUCUAGUAAGUGAAGUGUAUUUUUCUGCAUCCCAUUCAGUGUGAAGACGCUGAGAUCUUUUGAGGAGCAGAGAUUUUUAUUUUUAUUAUCACUUCUGUCUCUUAUCGCCAUGUCAGUCGGUGACACGUCGGGACACUCUGGGCGAUUCUCUGUCUUGUCUUGGGAGCAGGUGCAGCGUUUGGACUGUAUUCUUGGUGAACCGGUCCCUAUUCACGGACGUGGGAACUUCCCGACACUUUCUGUUCAACCCCGACAAAUUGUCCAGGUUGUGCGAACACGGCUGGAGGAGAGAGGAAUCCCUGUACGUGAUGUGAGAUUGAAUGGCUCUGCUGCAAGUCACAUUCUGCACCAAGACACAGGACUCGGCUACAAGGACUUAGACCUUAUAUUUGGCAUAUCUUUGUCAGAUGACCAGGCAUUCCAUCUGGUUAAAGAAGUGGUUCUAGACUGCCUGCUUGACUUCUUGCCCGAGGGUGUUAGCAAAGAGCGCAUCAAUGCACUCACUCUGAAGGAGGCCUAUGUGCAGAAGUUGGUGAAGGUGUGCAACGACUCAGACCGCUGGAGUCUCAUAUCUCUGUCCAACAACACAGGCAAGAACGUGGAGCUGAAGUUUGUGGAUUCUCUGAGACGCCAGUUUGAAUUCAGUGUGGACUCUUUCCAAAUUGGCCUUGACUCACUACUGCUCUUUGAUCGGUGCUCUGAGACACCAAUGUCUGAAAGCUUCCACCCCACUGUUUUAGGGGAAAGCAUGUACGGUGACUUUCAAGAAGCUCUUGGUCAUCUUCAUAAUAAAAUCAUUGCUACACGCAGCCCAGAGGAGAUCCGGGGUGGUGGUCUUUUAAAGUACUGUCACCUCCUGGUGCGGGGCUUCCAGCCCAAGUCAGAGGCUGAGAUGAAAUCACUCCAGCGCUACAUGUGCUCCCGGUUCUUUAUUGACUUUCCAGACAUUGGAGAGCAGCAAAGGAAGCUGGAGGCCUACCUGCAGAACCACUUUGUGGGCAUGGAGCACAAGCGCUACAACUGCCUCACCACACUCUACCAUGUGGUUAACGAGAGUACUGUGUGCCUGAUGGGCCACGAGAGACGUCAGACAUUGAAUCUUAUUUCCAUGUUGGCGCUGCGGGUGCUGGCCGAACAGAACGCCAUACCCACAGUCACGACGUGUUACUACCAGCCUGCUCCUUAUGUACGGGAUAUAAACUUCAGUAACUACUACAUCGCUCAUGUGCAGCCACUGGUUCACCCUUGUACUAACUCAUAUCGGACUUGGCUGCCCUGCAAAUGACCCAAAGAACCUGAAAAGAGAGAUAACUAUAAAAAAAGGCCUUGAAAGGAAUAGCUGUCCAACCAGCUUCCGACUUCUGGUGGAGCGAUAUGGGCACACAGUUUUUUCUCCCUUUUUAUUUUAGACUGAAAUUAUUUUUCAGUGUACAUGAGUGAAGUGGACUGAUAAUUUACUGCUGUAUGUCUGACAUGAGCCAGUCCUAUUGCAUAUUCCCUUGCUCUCACAUAAAUUAAUUUUUCUGACUGGAUACAGGACAGUUGGUCUUCUUUCAAUGUAGCAAUUAUUACAUCUUUGAUCUACAGCAGUUUUUGUUGGCCUUUGGGACAAAAGGCUGUAUAUUUUAGGUAGUGUAAAAAAGUUAACUUUUUUUUUAAAACUUUUUUCUGGCUGUGGUUCAAUCAAUCUGUUUUCUUCUGUUUAAAGGACCAAAGGCAUUUUAUUUUUAUAAGGAAAUGUUUCUAGCAAUUCCAAGUGCCUAAAAAUCCAUGUUAAAAAAAAAAAAGAUGAGAACUUUGCGCUCUCAUGAUUUCUUGUAUCCUAUAUUUUCAGGGAUAGAGGCAUGUAUUUUCAUGUGAUUAAAAAACACCAAAAUUCA